AUGAGUAUUUUAACCAAGUUUGUACCCAAGUUCAAAGCUGUAGACCCCAUUUUAUUGAAAAAGUUUCAAAAUGAGUUAGGGAAUAUUGAGAAAUUAGUUGUAUUAACCGGAGCCGGCAUUUCAACGGAGUCCGGAAUUCCGGAUUAUAGAUCAGAGGAAGUUGGUCUAUAUGAAAGAUCAAAUCAUCGGCCAACAACCCAUCAGGAUUUCAUGAAACACGAACACAAUAGACGAAGGUAUUGGGCUCGAAAUUACUUGGCUUGGCCUCGUUUUUCAUCUGCUGAAUGUAAUAAAAUUCAUUAUUCAAUUGCAAAUUGGGAAGGUGAUGAAAGGCUUUUAUGGCUUAUCACACAGAAUGUUGAUGGAUUACAUACAAAAGCAGGCUCUCAGAAGCUGACUGAGCUGCAUGGUAGUGGACAUCGAGUUCGUUGUAUGGGUUGUGGGACUGUAACUAGUCGACAUGAUUUCCAAGAAGUAAUAGCUGAUCAUAACCCUGGAUGGUUUGAGAGACAUACGGUGGGCGAGCUGGCACCGGAUGGCGACGUAUUCAUAACACCAGGCUCAGAUGAAGACUUUAUUGUUCCAAACUGUGCUGAAUGUGGUGGUAUUGUAAAAACAGAUGUAGUUUUCUUCGGAGAUAAUGUGCCUAGACAGACUGUCGACUUUCUUUACGGAAAAAUGGAUGAGUGUGAUGGUUUGCUUGUUCUUGGAUCUUCCUUAUCAGUAAUGUCUGGCUAUCGCUUCGCCUACCAUGCUCAUCUUCAAAAUAAGCCGGUAUUGAUUAUAAAUAUUGGAGCAACACGAGCAGAUCAUUUGGCUUGCGUGAAAUUAUCAACAAAAGCCGGUGAUGUGAUAAAAAUUAUUUAA